AUGGGGAUGUCUCAUUUCUCUCCUUUCAUUUACGUCAUCCGUAUCCAACAGGCGGUCCAUGAAGUCUCCAGUGGACCCAACGCGGAUACACAAUCAGAUUCUAUUCUAAGAAGUGAACUGGGCAAGUGCUGGUCGACACGAUCGGAAUGGGAUCAGGGUAGCAAGUUCUCUGCGCCCUGGCUGUUGGCACGGUUGGUGGGAGAGACUGAAACUUUGAUUAUGUUGACCUGGCCUCCUAAGAAGUCUCAAUAUCGUCGAGGCGAUCUGGGAUGA